CGACAUGUGGCGGCGCGGCUGAGCGGAGCGGAGGGGGGGAAAGGGGAGGGCACGCGAGGGGAGGGAGGAGGCCAGACAAGGCGGGGGGAGGGGGAGAAGCGGUGGCGCAAGUCGCGCGGAGCAGCGCAGCCCGGGUCCGCUCUCUGCUCCGCCGCCACCUCCCGACUCGGCGGGUAGAGCCGGCGCCCUAGCGACCUCCGGAACAACUCAAAGCGGACUAAGGAGUCCAUGUUGGGGAACUUGGCGUCGUGACGGGGACCUAGGGACCUGCAGUGGUGCCGCCGCCGCUGGAGCAAGCGCCUCGACCUCGGCCUGAGAAUAGUUUGAUGGAAAACUGAUUACGUGACUGUUCCACCUGAAGAAUCUUAAAGGAAACCCUUUUUCAAGGAGAAAUGAAGAAGAAAACUAUAUAUACCCUAAAUGUGGGAGAUCAGGAGUAUGAAGAUAUGGAAGGUGAAGAAAACAAAGAUAAUACUGCUACCACUGGUCUGUUGUACAGUGAAGCUGACAGAUGUCCAAUAUGUCUUAAUUGCCUGUUAGAGAAAGAAGUUGGUUUUCCAGAAAGCUGUAAUCAUGUCUUCUGCAUGACCUGUAUUCUUAAAUGGGCAGAGAUACUGGCUUCAUGUCCUGUUGACCGAAAACCAUUUCAGGCAGUGUUUAAAUUGAGUGCAUUGGAAGGUUGUGUUAAGGUUCAAGUAAAAAGACAGUUGAGAGAAACAAAAGACAAGAAAACUGAAAGCUCUUUAAAGAAGCAGCUCUCCUGUUGUGAAAAUUCUAAAAGCUGUAUGAGGAAAAAAGUCCUAAAAGAAGAUCUGUUAAAUGCAAAACUUAAUGACUUGAAGAUGACACAUAGAAAUUCUGCACACAGUGAAAUGGAAGGAAAGAAAAAUGCAACAAUUAAAAUAAAUAAGCCUCGAAGAUCAAAUCAGUGUACCAGUCAGUGCUUCAGAAAUAUUUUCUCCAAUAUGUUUUCUUCUGGUAGUCACACUGGAGAAUCUUCUUUUACCUGUAGAACUUACUGUACAGAAUUUAUAGAGAUCGAUGAAAUGAGUGCAUUGAUUAGACAGAAGAGACAGGAAUUGGAAUUGUCAUGGUUUCCUCAUACAUCACCUGGAAUUGGAAGAAUUGGUUUUAUACCCUGGAAUAUUGAAACACAAGUGCUUCCUCUCAUCUCUUCUGUGUUGCCAAGAACUAUUUUUCCAACAAGUACCAUAUCUUUAGAAAAUUUUGGUACCUCUUGCAAGGGAUAUGCAUUAGCACAUACUCAAGAAGGAGAAGAGAAGAAGCAAACUUCUGGUACAUCAAACACCAGAGGAACAAGACGAAAACCUGCAGCAACAACUCCUACAAGGAGAUCGACACGUAACACAAGAGCUGAAACAGUCAGUCAGUCUCAGAGAUCCCCAGUAUCAAAUAAUUCUGGGUGUGAUGCCCCAGAUAACAACAAUCCAUCUGUAAGUGUUUCCUCUUCAGCUGCGUCAGAAAAGCAGACAAGACAGGCUCCAAAACGGAAGUCUGUAAGAAGAGGAAGAAAACCACCUUUAUUGAAAAAGAAACUUAGGAGCUCUAUACCUCCCCCUGAAAAAUCAUCUUCCAGUGAGUCAGUAGAUGAAGAAACAGCAGAAUCUGACACACCACCUGUGUUAGAGAAAGAGCUCCAAUCAGAUGUAGAAAGUAGUAACAGUUGUACUGUGCAGGCAAGUGUAGAAAAUGAGUCUGCUAAUGACUUCAGAAGUUGCAGUGAGCAGGUAGAAGAAAGUGAGGAACAUACUGAGAACCAUGAUACAGAGGAAGCAGUGGAAUCUUCAUAUUCUGAGUCUCAUACCCAAGAUCCUCCUGUACUAGUUGGAGAGGAAGAGGACAUUCAAAAAGUUGAGAAUACAAGUAUAGAGGCUAAUGUUCUACGUUUAGAAAGUGAGACUCCUAAAAAUAUUUCUGGAAAAGGAGAUGAUCCAUUAGAAGAUCAAGACCAAACAUCUGGACCUUCAGAAUCAGAGGUAAAGGUGGAUAAAUGUACAAAUCAUCGUUCAAAUGAUUUUCUUACAUGUUCAGGAUCUGAAAUUAAAGUAGACGAACCUGUACCAAGCUUAGGUGAGUUACCAGAGAAUGCAGAGUCAGUGGUUAAUGAAGCAAAAGUUAUGCAGAGUCCUGUAGUAGAAAUUAUUGAUCAUAAAGAUUCAACAGUAAAAACAGAACAGCUUGUAGACAGCCCUAAAUUAGAAUCUUCAGAGGGUAAAAUUAUGCAAACAGUGGACAAAAAAUCCAUAGAGUGCUCAGAGGUUCAAUUGCCUGGGCAUGUUGAAACUGAAGAUGUAGAAGUAAUUGCAGCAUGUGAUACUUCAGAGAAUGAAAAUUCCAAUAGUAUUCAAGACUCUGAAAAUAAUUUAUUAAAAAAUAAUCUUAAUACCAAAUUAGACAAAUGUUUAGGAGAAAAGACUGAAUCUCCUAUUGAACAUCCCACAUCUACAGAAUUGCCUAACACACACAUUGAACAAAUUCAGAAGCAUUUUAGUGAGGACAAUAAUGAAAUGAUACCUAUGGAAUGUGAUUCAUUUUGCAGUGACCAGAAUGAAUCUGAAGUUGAACCUUCUGUAAAUGCUGAUACUAAACAAUUGAAUGAAAAUUCUGUGGAGCACAGUUCUCAAAGUAAUACGCCAUCUUCUGAUCCUGCCAGUGGAAAAGCUGAAACUGUAUCUCAACCAUCUGAAAGCCCAGUAGACGUGAUAGAGAAAGCCAAAAAGCCUCGUACCCGAAGAUCUAGAUUUCACUCCCCCUCUACAACUUGGUCUCCCAACAAAGAUACUGCACGAGAAAAGAAGCGGUCUCAGUCUCCAUCUCCCAAAAGAGAAACUGGAAAAGAAAGCAGGAAGUCUCAAUCACAGUCUCCCAAGAAAGAAUCUGCAAGAGGACGUAGGAAAUCUCGUUCUCAGUCCCCAAAACAGGAUAUCGCAAGAGAAAGGAGACGAUCUCAGUCUCGAUCUCCAAAAAGAGAUAGUACAAGGGAAGGCAAAAGAUCUGUAUCACUCUCCCCCAAAAGAGACACUUCCAGAGAAAACAGAAGAUCUCAGUCAAGAGUGAAAGAUUCCUCCCCAAGGGAAAAAUCCAGGUCCCGGAGCAGAGAAAGAGAAAGUGAUAGAGAUGGGCCAAGGAGAGAUCGAGAUCGAGAAAGGAGAACCAGAAGAUGGUCUAGAUCCAGAUCUCGUUCUAGGUCACCAUCAAGAUCUAGAACAAAAAUUAAGAGUUCAUCAUUUGGUAGAAAUGACAGAGACACUUACUCUCCUCGGUGGAAGGAAAGAUGGGCAAAUGAUGGUUGGAGAUGUCCACGAGGAAAUGAUCGGUACAGAAAGAAUGACCCAGAGAAACAGAAUGAAAAUACAAGAAAGGAAAAAAAUGACAGUUCCGAUGCUGAUGAUCCAAAUUCUGCUGACAAACACAGAAAUGACUGUCCCAGUUGGGUAAUAGAAAAAAUAAAUUCUGGGCCUGAUCCAAGGACCAGGAAUCCAGAAAAGUUAAAAGAUUCUCACUGGGAAGAAAACAGAAAUGAAAAUUCAGGGAAUUCUUGGAAUAAAAACUUUGGUUCAGGUUGGAUGUCUAACCGUGGUAGAGGUAACCGUGGCAGAGGCACUUACAGAGGUGGUUUUGCCUCUACAGAUCAAAGUGAAAAUCGGUGGCAAAACCGAAAACCCCUCUCAGGGAAUUCGAAUAGUUCAGGGAAUGAGUCUUUCAAGUUUGUGGAACAACAACCCUAUAAACGGAAAAAUGAGCAAGAGUUUUCAUUUGAUACACCGGCAGAUAGAUCUGGGUGGACAUCUGCAUCUAGUUGGGCUGUGAGAAAGACUCUACCGGCAGAUGUGCAAAACUAUUAUUCCCGACGAGGGAGGAAUUCUUCAGGUCCACAGUCUGGAUGGAUGAGACAAGAAGAGGAAACAACUGAACAAGAUUCUAACCUAAAAGACCAAACAAACCAACAUGGAGAUGGUUCUCAGCUACCUAUAAAUAUGAUGCAGCCACAAAUGAAUGUAAUGCAGCAACAGAUGAAUGCACAACAGCCUAUGAAUAUCUUCCCAUAUCCAGUGGGUGUUCAUGCUCCUUUGAUGAACAUCCAGCGCAAUCCAUUUAACAUUCAUCCUCAGCUACCCUUGCAUCUGCACACAGGCGUGCCUCUCAUGCAGGUAGCUGCUCCUACUAGUGUAUCUCAGGGACUCCCACCGCCACCACCCCCUCCCCCACCAUGCCAACAAGUCAGCUACAUUGCUUCACAGCCAGAUGGAAAGCAAUUGCAGGGUAUUCCUAGUGCUUCUCAUGUAAGUAACAACAUGAGUACACCAGUCUUGCCUGCUCCAACAGCAGCCCCAGGAAAUUCGGGAAUAGUUCAGGGACCAAGUUCUGGUAAUACUUCGUCAUCAAGUCACAGCAAAUCCUCUAAUGCUGCUGUAAAAUUGACAGAAAGCAAAGUAAGUGUUACAGUGGAAGCCAGCGCAGAUAGCUCGAAGACAGACAAGAAAUUACAAAUCCAAGAAAAAGCAGCACAGGAGGUAAAAUUGGCCAUUAAGCCAUUUUACCAAAAUAAAGAUAUCACCAAGGAAGAAUAUAAAGAGAUUGUACGGAAAGCAGUGGAUAAAGUUUGUCAUAGUAAGAGUGGAGAAGUAAAUUCUACUAAAGUGGCAAAUCUGGUUAAAGCCUAUGUAGACAAAUACAAAUAUUCACGGAAGGGAAGCCAAAAGAAAACUCUGGAAGAACCUGUGUCUACCGAAAAAAACAUAGGUUGAAAUGGGGAGCACUAUAAAGGACACUGUCAAGAUAUCUGCAAAGUGCAAUUUCAACAUGUACCUUUAACUGAAAAUCAUACAUAACUGUGAUUGAAAUUUGGUUUUGAUAAAAUUAUUUUUUUUAAUGUAGAAUACAAAGUUUUGUUCUAAAUAAAUAUAGUUCUGCACUGCAACUUCUUUAUCCUUUCCUCCUCCCGAAAAUAAAAGCAAAUUCAAGGGAAAGUAAAGGGGUUAAAGGAGUGUGCAUUUUUACUAGGACUGUGUUAUAGUGUGGAUACUGGAAGAUGUACAGCUUUUUGAUUUGAACAGUGGAGUGCAUAAAUUAGAGUCUUCUAAGUGCACUGGUUUUGGAAAAGAUAUAUAUGAUACAUUUAUUCUGUCAGGCUAAAAAUAAAGUAUGAUCUUUAUGAUUUUUCCCUCUAAUUAUAGAAAGUUAAAUAAUGUAUUACCAUGAAAAAUAUUUCUAAUAACAGAAUAUACCAAUUGCAGGGUUCCUAAUGUGUAUUUUUAAAGCACACAUCUGAAUAAAUUGCCUAGAUAGAAAACAGAUUAUCACAUGAGUAAAAUUCAGUGUUCAAAACUUUGGAACACUGUUACUGUAUCACCAAAUAAAGGUUAUGCUGCUUGUUUUUCUUUUGUGCCUUUUUUUCCCCCCAGUUGAGAUGAAGCAGUUUGAUUUGCUAGAUUUACAACUAUGGAAGUCUGAAACUCUGUUGAAUUUAACAGAUCAGUUUGGAAAAGUGUUCGUAUGUAAAAAUUUGUAAAAAUUACGUUCUUUCAUGAUACCUCCUACCUAUCAGAGAAAUGAUAAAUUAUUUGUGCCAACCGGAGAGUUGCUGUUGAGUAGUGACCCUCCCUUCCUUGGGACGAAGGUAGACUUAUGGAACUCACUUCAGUGGCUUUCAGUUGCUCAUCUAUCUAAUCCACUAAUGAAAUUCUUUUCACACUUGAGAAGUCUCCAAAUGCUUUACAGUGAAUAAAGUGUUAAUUAGGUGACCAUGUGGUAGCCAUUAACCAUGUUGCAAAAUUCUCGACAUUAAAACCUGUGUUUUGGAAAGAGAGAGGAAUUAAAUAAUGGACUUGGUUAGGCUUUCAGGGACUAGGGAUUUGACUGUCUUUUUUUAAAUACUAGAAUAUGUUAAUUUUUACAAAAGGUAAGUUCAGAGUGUUAGAGAGCCACUGUUUUAAUUGGCAUCUUAGAAGAAAAAAUGAGUUAUAUCCAUAAUAAACUGUCUUUCAUUCCAGUAACAAUUUUCAAUAGAUACCAAAUAACUGGAAAGCUGUUCGGAUAAGAUGUUAAUGCCUCUGAUAGACGUAUGCCUCAGUGAGACAGAUUGACCCUUUUACUAGCUACACUAGAGAGCAGUACUCUGUAGGACUGUGCUUUUCUGAAGUAAAGAUGAUCUGGUUCUCAAGUUUAUGUGCAUAAUACUUUCUUGGUGCUAGCUUUGAUAAGGCAAAUAUUUUGAAUUGUUGGCCCCAAUAAUGAUUGUGCUAGUUCAUAAUCUUUAUUAGAUUAUGAAUGUAAUCCCAAAAAGUGUUAGAAAUAUUUCCAAGCAGUUCUUGAUCUUUAUUCUGCAUUUCUGGGCAUUUGUAAUAUGGUAUUCUACUGAUUUAUAUAUAUAUUUUUAAUUAAAGUUUGUGUUUAGAUACGAAGGGGAAAGAAGUUUGGAAGUAUAUUCUAAUAAAAUAUUAGGACUUUUAAAUAUCAGCACACACCUCAUUUGUUUGUUUUGGACUCUAGAAACAAUUGUGUGAACUUUCAAACUAUUUUCAGUUAAAGCAGGUUCACACUUUGAAAAUUUUGUAGCAAAUUGCCUAAGAUAAUCACACAGGGCAUACUUUUCCUGCAUUUUCUUUCAGUGAUGUUUGGGAGUAGGGUUACAUUUUAAAAUUUGCUUUUACCAUUUAGCUUUGCAAACAUGCUUAAAAGUUUUGAAGAAAAAACUAGGUGGAGGUCCAGAGUUAAAGUCUCACAUCUUUGGUAGCAGUGCCAUGAAUUAUUUCUACCUUUCUUGAAAAUAACAAGUGUGUAUUCCAUAUCUGCUUUGGGGUACUUGGUUAGACUGCAUUUAAAAUGCUAAUGAAGAAUGUUACUGGAUUAGAAUUCAGACUUUUAAAACUUAGAAAUAUCUAAGAAUGUAUUAGAAAGUGCAUGCUUUAUGUUCAAAAAACAAUGCUUUAACAUUCCCCAUUCUUGCUUUUUUCAGAAAUUUAAUUUUGCAUGUGCACAAAAACAUCUUGUGGGGUUACAGAUUUCUCGUUAUUUAUUAAGAUUCAGUAUUAACUUGACCUUUGAAUCCUUGGUCCCAUUAACUUACUAGUCACACUGACCAAUGUUUUAGGCUAGUGCCUAGAAAUUGAGACUAAAAGUAAUUACUUAUUACUUUAACAUUCCAAAAGUUUUGUGAUUUUUUUUUUUUUUUCUGGUAAUUACCACAUUUUCUCCAUUAUCUUCCUUUAAAUGGCCACAGUGUGUACUGUUUGAAUGUUCCAUCCAAAAGAUGUAGCUUCAGAAGCACAGUGGUUGCCCCACGGUCCACGAGACGUUGUUUGUAGUACGAGGAUGGAGUGCUGUCUACUGAAACAAUACUCUUAAACAGAUAUGUAGUAUGUAAUAUUUUCUAAUAAAUUCUUUUGAUAAACAAAGAAGUGUCUUUAACAUUUUAUUAUUAAGAUUCUUGGAAAAUGGUGACUUUUUUACCUCAUUAUAACUCUUUCCAAACCCAUGUUGAAGUAUUUCUUGGAUUUGUACCAAAGUAACUAGCACCAUAGUUACAUUAAUUCCAAGUUGUAAAGCAAGCUUAGAGUCAGCUAUAAGCAUUUUUUCCUAAUUACAAAAUCAUUGUAGGAAAUUAGGAAAGCUUUAUUUAAAAAAAUUUGUAGAAGAGGGAAGAAACUGAAAAACAAAAGGAGAAAAAUCACCUGUAAUCCUGCCAUUUAAAGGUAACAGUACUGCUCAGACUGCCCAUAACUGUUGUAACUUAUCCUUUUCACUUAAUGAUGUAUUUAGAAGUUUUCAUUUUAAUAAAAAUUCUACGGCAUGA